AUGUUCGAGAAAAAGUUCAACAUUGAAGUACAAACUUUACAGCCUUUACGUGAGUUUCUUGCACAACUGAAAGAAGAAGGUAGUCAGCCACAACUUAUAGACUUUCAUUAUGAAUUUAAUGAAAAUGAAGAUGGAACACAUGACUGUCAAUUCAUUGUAUUCUCACCAUUCAAUGAAGUCGCUAAAGAGAAAGAAAAUCCAUUACGUAUAAGAUUUCAAAUCUCUGAACCAAGUGAUGAUUUCAAGAAUGUUUUCAAUUAUGAUGCAAUGCUUCCGAGGAAAAAUGAAUUUUCAAAGAUUGUAACACCUGGCAUUUGGGAUAGAAAGCAAGCUAUAUUAUAUUCAAACUUAAGUAAGGGAGUUGAAAAUGAGUUCAUUGGUCAUACAA